AUCACCUCCUGAUGUUGCCUUUUCUAGAAGACGCAGGACCAUGAGAGGAAGAUGCCUGUAGACACCCUGAUCACCUCAGAGAACGACACUGAUAUUGAAUUGGAUUUUGCAGGUGAUGAAGAUUUUCAAGAAAAUCAUGAGAGGCAAAAACACAAAGGGAAGAGAAGAAAUGGUGACAGACCAAAAAGCAAGAGGGAAAAUCAGAGAAGAAAAAGAUCAUCCAAGUCAGUGCAAGGAAUAAGAGAGGAAUCUCAAUCCACGACAGAGAGAAGAGAGAGGCGUAGGAGGCGAAGAGGAAAAGCUGAACAUGAAACAAGCGGACAUGAGGGGAACGAAGGUGAGCGGGAUCAAACCAGGGCCAAGACAACAAAAUCAAAGAAGAACAUCAAAAAUGAGAAAACCAGAAAGCUGGAGGGGAAGGAGGAUGGAGAAGCUCAGGAAAGAAGUGAAAAGGGAAAACUGAAACCUGUGUGUGCCAAAAAUGAGGAGAAAAUAGAAAGUGGAGAUCAACUUAAGGAAAAAGAAAAAGCACUUGGAGUGAAGAAGAAGAAAAAGCGCAAAAAAGUUGUUGAAACGAGGUAAUGCUUCAUGUGAUGUGAUAGUUCCUGCUUCUAAACGAAAAUGUCUCGUCACUCAUUAACAGAGUCUUCUGAAAUGAUUUAGUUCAGAGCC